CCGCGCAUGCGCAGACCCACGAACAGCAGGCAGGUCUUUGUUUAGACGCAGCUUAAUACGACUCCACAUUUAGUAAUUUACGCUGUCAGUAACAGUCGAGCUAGCAUUUCCAGAAUAGCACACACGAUUCAGAAUAAAGUGGGCAUAUUUUUCUGUAACAAUAAUUUAAAGGGUGCUGCGAGAGUUGACGGUUGCUUCUGUAUACAAACAAAAAAGAAACCCGCUAUCCUUAAGGUAGUCUGCGAUUGUUUUUAAAAUAUAUAUUUUAUUUUUCUUUUCACCACGAUCCUACCCUAGGAUUGUGUCUGAGGAUAUGGAAAGGUGCAGGUAGAAGAGGGAGACCUCCUCCUGUAAAAGUCAAGCUAACAUGACCAAGGAUAGUUAUUUUUCCAGCGAGAGGCAGCUCAUGGAAAGCGAAGGAAGGGGACAACUUUCUUGCUGCCUGAAAUUUAACGGUGGCGAGUGCAAUUUCACAGGGAAAAGCCCAAGGUCCUGACUCCACCGAUUAUCUUUUUUAAAAACGAAAUCGAAAAACGUCGAUCGGUGUCGCGGCGAUGGAGACCGUGGGGAAAUUCGAGUUUAGCCGGAAAGACCUGAUAGGACAUGGAGCGUUUGCAGUGGUUUUCAAAGGCAGGCAUAAAGAGAAACACGACUGGGAAGUGGCUGUUAAAUGCAUAAACAAGAAAAACUUGGCAAAAUCCCAAACGCUUUUGGGCAAAGAAAUUAAAAUUUUGAAGGAACUAAAACAUGAAAACAUCGUUGGCUUGCUGGACUUUCAGGAAAUGGCAAGCUGUGUUUACCUUGUCAUGGAGUACUGCAAUGGAGGAGACCUGGCAGACUAUCUCCACUCCAAGGGCACCCUGAGUGAAGACACCAUCCGGGUCUUCCUCCAGCAGAUUGCUGGAGCUAUGCGGGUGCUCCAGGCCAAGGGCAUCAUCCACCGGGACCUCAAGCCCCAGAACAUCCUGCUCUCCUACUCAGGGGGGCGCCGGUCAAACCCCAACAACACCCGCAUCAAGAUCGCCGACUUUGGAUUUGCGCGGUACCUGCAGAACAAUAUGAUGGCAGCCACACUGUGUGGAUCACCCAUGUAUAUGGCCCCUGAGGUGAUCAUGUCCCAGAACUACGAUGCCAAAGCGGACCUUUGGAGCAUAGGGACUAUUGUGUACCAGUGUCUGACCGGGAAGGCUCCCUUUCAGGCAAGCAGUCCACAGGAUCUCCGGCUCUUCUAUGAGAAGAACAAGAACCUCAGUCCCAACAUCCCCCGGGAGACAUCUGCUUAUCUUAGACACCUGCUCCAGGGACUGCUACAGCGCAACCACAAGGACCGUAUGGACUUUGAUGAGUUCUUCAGACACCCUUUUCUAGAAGCAAGUUCAUCCAUGAAGAAAUCUGCCCCUGUGCCCAUGCCUUCGUACCCCAGCUCCGGCUCUGCCAGCUCCUGCAGCAGCUCCUCCACCUCCCACCUGGCCUCCCCUCCCCAGUCUGUGGCUGAGAUGCAGCAGCUGCAGCACAAGACCCUGGCAUCCCCUACCCAAGAUGCACCGGGUUUCCUGCUUAAGGACUCUGCCGGCAACAGCAGCAGCAAGAAUUCCUCCUGUGACAUGGAUGACUUUGUCAUGGUGCCAGCCCAGCUGCCCAGUGAGAUGACCUGUGAGGGGACUGGGGGCAAAACUGUGCAAGACAGCUUGAUGUACAGUGGGAGCUCACUGCUGGCCUCUACUGGUGGCCGUGUGGCACAAGUCAGGACCCGGUCACCAUCACCUUCCUUCAGUGGGUCUCCCGGCAUUCUUAGCAGACCAGCAGAGUCCUCCAGCACCUAUGGCCAGUCAGUGCCCAUUCCAGUACCCAGCCAGGUUCAUAACUACCAGCGCUUGGAACAGAACCUUCUGGAACCCAGCCAUCAGGGCUCUCCCAGGGCUGCGGCUCCGUCCCCUCGCCGGUGCUCCAGUGGCGGCUGCCUGGGAUUCGGGAAGACCGGAACAUCUCCCCCAUACCCAGGAGACCCAGGGCCUGUCUUCAACUCCCGCAGGCUGUCCUGGGGCGGCUCCAGACCUUACCAGCCUUCCCCCCAAGUGGGCACCAUCCCGGAGAUGCCAGGGCAGACCCUUCGUAUGGGAGCAGAGCUGGGCCGGACCCCGCACGGCACCGCUGCACUGGGCCACGAGUUCUUCCCUCAGCAUCAAGGGCUUGGCUCUCGGCUCCACAGCGCCCCCUGUUUGUUGGAGGCUGCCGAUGGUGGCAGGCAGAAGAUCCGCAAGCAGCAUUCGGACCCACUGGUCCCACGAUCCUGCAGCCUGCUCCAGCACGCCUCACCCAAGCUGAGUGACCUCAUCCAGCGGAGCCCCCUGCCCACCAUUCUGGGCUCCCCCACCAGGACCAUGCCUCCAUUUGAGUUCCCCAAGCCACCAAGCUCCCAGAACCUGGUUACUUUGCUGGGGCAGCAGGCGCUAGUCCUGACCCCGACCCGCAACCGGACUGUUCCAGACCUGAAGGACAUGGGCCUGGGGCCUGGUGUCCAGCCUGGCCUUCCCCCCCGAGCGCCAGAGGGGGCUCCUGGCUCAUUUGGAAGGUCUCUGAGCACUGGACGGCUGUCCGACAUGCUCCUAAAGGCCGCCUUUGGCGCGCAGCUGCUGGACGGAGGAAGCAGCGAGAGCCUGAGUGGAGAGAAGCCCAUGGAGACAGCUGCUCCCCCUGUAGGUGGAGGUGGUACUGCAGCUGUCUCAGGGAGCCCGGGCCCAGUGGUGUUCACGGUGGGGUCCCCACCCAGCGGAAGCACUCCUCCGCAGACUCAGCGCACCAGGAUGUUCUCAGUGGGCUCGUCCAGCUCCAUCAGCUCUGCUGGGUCCUUCAGCAGCCGGCAGGCCCCCGCAGGCACCUUCGUGGAAGGCUGCGAGGGUCCGUCCAGCCCCCGAUUUGGCUUCUCUGACCCCGUGGCAGCCAACCUGGAGGGAGCUGUCACCUUCGAGGCCCCUGAGCUGCCCGAGGAGACGCUUAUGGAGCAGGAGCACACGGAGACACUGCGCGGGCUGCGCGUCACGCUGGCGUUUGCCCACUGCGUCAUGGAGAUCGCCAGCACCAAGGGCAGCAGCUUGGAGAGCACUGAGGGCCUGGACGCCUCCUUCCUGCAGCAGCAGAGCCUGGUGGCCGACCAAAUCAGCCUGCUGAGCCGCGAGUGGAGGUAGGGCUGCAGGCAGAACUGACUUCUGACAGCUGUUUGUUCAGAUUCCAGGUCUCACAGGGUUUCUUCAUUUUCUUUGAAAAGUUAACAAAAUGUAUAAUUUACAGUUAUUUGCUGAAAGUAUAUUGCUGUAUUUUAAGGAUGCCAGUAUAAGUGUAUGUACUCGUGUGUACACACACACACACACACACAAACUUGUAUUCAUGUCUUUGUGGGGACUCUCCAUUCAUUUCUAUGGGAAAAACCCUAAUCCCAACAAUGACAAUAUUAACCUUAAACAUUAGUAACCAAA